AUGGCCCCCAUAAAGAGACGUCCUCAUGCGCGAAGCCACCACAAGAUGAAGCUGCGACGUAAACCCAACAUCUCAAAGCUUGUGUACAAAUUUCUCAGCCUCGAGAGGGGUAGAGGGCAGAUCGGCGAGACGUUGCAGAAUUACAUCGGCCCGAAGUGUUCGAUCUGUAAACGAUUUAAGCGCCGUGAAGAAGCUUCGAAUUCUCAGGAUUCUCAGCCUGGCGGCAAUAUGGCCAACAAAAGAAAAGAGUCGGCGAGGAAUUCCAAGAUUCACCGUGUGAAACGGCGGCAAACCUCCAGGGACCAAACUCUCUCGUCCUGCAUGCACAAGGGCAGCGGAGGGGAGGGUAUAAAGAAAAUGAAGAAAUAUAUUCAGAAGGCGAUCAAUUUCGGGGUGGAAUCGGGCUAUCUGAUUCCAAAAGACACGGCGUACAAGGUUCUCCAGGUGUCAUCAGAUCUAAUGAACGAUAGCAGUUACAUAAACAAAGGUCGCGACGCUUCACAAGUUGGGGACAGAAGUCCACGUCAUACGCCCCUUAGAUUCGAAGAUUACGAGGUGCAGGAUGCUAGAAGGCGGCGAAGAAGAAAAGGUCGAAGAAGAAGAAGGUCCAGAAGACGAAGAAGGUCGAGGAGUGGAUCCAGGAGACGAAGAAGAUCGCGUAGAAGGAGGCGCGGAAGGAGGCGUGAAGGGACCGACGGAGAAGAGGUAGUCGAAAACGAAGAUGAAUACGAGUACAAUAAUCAGAAUGAAAAAAGGAAGAGUCCGGAGAAUGUGAACAGAAACGAUGACAACGAACGAUUGAAUCAAUCUGACGAGGAGAAGACGAUAGAUAAGAAGGAGGACGACGGGUCGGAUCUGUCCAUCGACGAGGACGAGACCGAGGACGAGGACGAAAAGAAGAGGGAGGACACGAACAAAUAA